AUGGUUAAAUCCAACCUUCAGACGAUAUUAAAUAGCCACUGUUUUGUCAGAGAAAAAGAGAAAACCACAUCUACAAUGCCAGUUAACGAACUGCCCAGUAAUAACCCCGAAAGUGAAAGGUAAGUUGAGAUAGCAAUUCAGAAGGACUAUGAUUACUCAUUGAGUCAGUAGCCACAGAGGCCUAGCUAACUGUACUCAGCUAGCAUAACUUGCGACUUGUUUACUGUUUUUACAGUGGAUAUUAUGUAAGAAGUCAGUAGAACAAUAUUGUGCGGAACUGCCUUUCGUUAUUUCCCUCAAAGUUGACAAUAUUUAGCUGUAGUCGAAGUCUGUAUAAUUUUGGUUAUUAAAGUUGGUUGCGGUUUAUUUCGAACAACAAUUUGUCAUUUAGCAUUCUGCUGAUGUUGUUGGCUAACGCGUUAACGUUAGGUAACUAACGUUAGAUAGUUAGCUUACCAGCUAACGCUAGCUAGCCAGCUCGUUCUUUAACUAGAUACAUUUGGCUUUGUCAAUGCACAGUUUAACGCUUGUUGCUUCAUUUGCGAUGAAUUAAGAAACAAACUAGCUACGGCAACAUGUUUCACAAUAAUGUUGGGAUAAAUGGACUGACACAAUUUAUUACGUCGAAUGUUCUGGAAGACGUUAGUCGACGUUAGUGGCUAUGUAGUGGCAGUGCGUUUUAAGCAACAGGCACACAGCUAGUUAGCUAGCUACUACUAGCCAUUGCGGCAAAUAUUUAGCUUGCAACGCUUCAACACCUGCAGGUAUUAAUAUCAUAUCUGAGCACUCACAUAUGUUUGGCCAAUCAAAACCCUUGACGACUUGACUGACUGUUAUCCUGCUUAAAGACUAGGUCGAAAAUAUACUUUCGACCUAGCUAGGUUAAAGAAUAACAUGAGUGACAGCUAGUUAACUUACCUAUUGGCUCAGUUCCGUCAGUACCUAUGCCUAAAAACCCAAGUACAGGAUGUGCAGUCCCUAAAAGUAGGUUAUUUACCUGUCGAUGCUCAUUCUUAUGUUUUGACAUAACCCUAUCAGAAUUUACAUCCCUUCUCAUCUGUGGGAAUUAAAAUUAGUGUAGACCAAUAAAGCCUAGACAACAUUUAAAGAACUUGCCCUAACACAAGUAGGCUGACCAUGGAGUCUCUUCCAUUGAUUAUUGUCAAUAGUUGCAAAUCAUCUUGAUUAGCCUAGACAGUCUGCUGAGUCUCACUGAGUACAACUACUGUUGACUUGUGUAGUAUGGUUAUAAUAUUCUAUCAGAAUGGACACAGCACUAUUUGCACGUUCUGGUCAAGUCUGUGCCCAAUGGGUGUGAAAUGCUGUUAUGGUCUGUUGUGUGGGUGGGGCAUUGAGCUGUUGUCUGUUACUAGAGGAAGAGGCCUCUUGAAACUUAGUCCCCAGCCCCACCAUUUAAGUGCUUUGAGUACAGGUUGCGAGGUGUCCAUAACUGCCCCAAAAUCAUUCCCCUAUGGCCAAAUAUCUAGUCUAUUUUUCUGCCAGGCAGUAUUUUUCCACAUCAGAUUCAUUCAACUGGUAAAGGCUGGGACUCAUCUCCCACCUGACUAAGCCAGCUGUCACAAGUUAAGGCGCUUCAUGAAUGGUGUGUAUAGGAAUAUUGUGAAAUGGCGUAGAAUAGCAGUGCAGUUGAAUCUGUGGGAACAACUUGCAGGUGGAAUGCAACGGCCAGGGAUUUUACAUAAGGAUGCUAGUUGGAUAUUAUUUGCAAUAAUCUGGUCGGGCGGUUUCCAAAGUAACCUCAUUCACUAGAACCACUUAUAUUGACUGGAAUCACUUAUACCUUAGAAAUGAUAAGUGAGGAGCCUAUGACGUCAUCUUGACGAUGGUUGAGGUAUAUCACUGUUACUCUGAUUUUGAGGUCCAAGGUUGACAAUGGGUUCUUACUUUGCUUUCACAUGUCUGCUCCACAUAUAACGCUGGAGUGGCAUUUGCGUAAGAGAGAGUCUGUGAACAGUAACACCACCACUAAUGGGUUUUGUUCCCGUUUGGAGCUCGGAGAAUAUACCUACUCUCAGCUCUGCUAGCGCAACCCCCACAGAAAAGCUUAUUCUGAACUAGAUCACACUGUUGUGGCUUAGGCAAAAUGGCUGAUCAGUGCAGUCGGUAAUCUGGCACAUGCCUCAGUGACGUAAGAGGUUGGCAUUUUUGUCGCUAGUGCAGACUUGAAUUAGGCUAAAAACUCCACCUUUUUUUGCCACUCUAAUUUUUAGCCCGGGUAGCUGAAAUUGUUCAGUAUUUUUCCAGUGACAUGGUUUCCCGAAAUGAUGCCGACAGCGGUCUUUCCCCCAUAGGCUAAUCCCAUUGUGACAGUUCACUCUGAUUAAUCAGUGAUAUGUCAACAGGGAAUCAGUCACCAUGGUAGCCAUCUCUGACAACCAAGCUGAGUGAAGGCAGUCAUUUUGUUUAAUGAGUCAUCACCAGAGACUGAAACUAACUUUUUGGUCCACCAGCCACUGUGGCAGGUAAAUACAAAAAUCUACCAGCAACUGCUUUUUUUUACCAGCCAUAUUUUUUGUUCUAUAAUUACCACAAAAAAACCAAAAACAAAUGGAUGAGCAUGCUUUGUAAUGUUUCUAAAACAAUACAUGUAUUACUAGUAAGAAGUGAUAUGGUACAGUGCCUUCAGAAAGUAUUCACACCCCUUGACUUUAUCCACAUUUUGUAGUGUUCCAGCCUGAAUUUUAAAUUGAUUAAAUUGAGAUGUUGUGUCACUGGCCUACACACAAUACCCCAUAAUGUCAAAGUGGAAUCAUGUUUUUAGAAAUGUACACUGAACAAACAUAUGAACGCAACAUGUAAAGUAUUGGUCCCAUGUUUCAUGAGCUGAAAUAAAAGAUCCCAGAAAUGUUCCAUACGCACAAAAAGCUUAUUUCUCUCAGUUUGUGCACACAUUUGUUUACAUCCCUGUUAGUGAGCAUUUCUCCUUUGCCAAGAUAAUCCAUCCACCUGACAAGUGUGGCAUAUCAAGAAGCUGAUUAAACAGCAUGAUCAUUACACAGGUGCAUCUUGUGCUGGAGACAAUAAAAGGCCACUCUAAAAUGUGCGGUUUUGUCACACAACACAAUGCUACAGAUGUCUGAAGUUUUGAGGGAGCGUGUAAUUGGCAUGCUGAAAUGCAGGAAUGUCCACCAGAGCUGUUGCCAGAUAAUUUAAUGUUAAUUUCUCUACCAUAUGCUGCCUCCAACGUCGUUUUAGAGAAUUUGACAGUACGUCCAACUGGCCUCACAACCACAGACCACAUUCAACCACGCCAGCCCAGGACCGCCACAUACGGUUUCUUCACCUGCGGGAUCGUCUGGGACCAGCCACCCAGACAGCUGAUGAAACUGUAGGUUUGCACAACCGAAGAAUUUCUGCACAAACUGUCAGAAACAGUCUCAGGGAAGCUCAUCUGCGUGCUUGUCAUCCUCACCAGGGUCUUGACCUGACUGCAGUUCGGCGUCGUAACCGACUUUAGAGGGCAAAUGCUCACCUUCGAUGGCCAUUGGCACGCUGGAGAAGUGUGCUCUUCACGGAUGGAUCCCGGUUUCAACUGUACUGGGCAGAUGGCAGACGUAUGGCGUCGUGAGGGCAAGUGGUUUGCUGCUGUCAACAUUGUGAACAGAGUGCCCCAUGGUGGCGGUGGGGUUAUGGUACGGGCAGGCAUAACCACGGACAAUUAAUACAAUCGCAUUUUAUCGAUGGCAAUUUGAAUGCACAAAGAUACCGUGACGAGAUCCUGAGGCCCAUUGUCUUGCCAUUCAUCCGCCAUCACCUCCUGUUUCAGCAUGAUAAUGCACCCAUGUCGCAAGGAUCUGUACACAAUUCCCGGAAGCUGAAACUGUCCCAGUUCUUCCAUGGCCUGCAUACUCACCAGACAUGUCACCCAUUGAGCAUGUAUGGAUGCUCUGGAUCGACGUGUACGACAGCGUGUUCCAGUUCCCGCCAAUAUUCAGCAACUUCACACAGCCAUUGAAGAGGAGUGGGACAACAUUCCACAGGCCACAAUCCACAGCCUGUUCAACUCUAUACGAAGGAGGUGUCACACUGCAUGAGGUAAAUGGUGGCCACACCAGAUACUGACUGGUUUUCUGAUCCACACCCUUAUCUUUUUUUUAAGGUAUCUGUGACCAACAGAUGUACAGUGGGGAGAACAAGUAUUUGAUACACUGCUGAUUUUGCAGGUUUUCCUACUUACAAAGCAUGUAGAGGUCUGUAAUUGUUAUCAUAGGUACACUUCAACUGUGAGAGACGGAAUCUAAAACAAAAAUCCAGAAAAUCACAUUGUAUGAUUUUUAAGUAAUUAAUUUGCAUUUUAUUGCAUGACAUAAGUAUUUGAUACAUCAGAAAAGCAGAACUUAAUAUUUGGUACAGAAACCUUUGUUUGCAAUUACAGAGAUCAUAUGUUUCCUGUAGGUCUUGACCAGGUUUGCACACACUGCAGCAGGGAUUUUGGCCCACUCCUCCAUACAGACCUUCUCCAGAUCCUUCAGGUUUCGGGGCUGUCGCUGGGCAAUACGGACGUUCAGCUCCCUCCAAAUAUUUUCUAUUGGGUUCAGGUCUGGACUGGCUAGGCCACUCCAGGACCUUGAGAUGCUUCUUACGGAGCCACUCCCUCCUUGCCCUGGCUGUGUGUUUCGGGUCGUUGUCAUGCUGGAAGACCCAGCCACGACCCAUCUUCAAUGCUCUUACUGAGGGAAGGAGGUUGUUGGCCAAGAUCUCGCGAUACAUGGCCCCAUUCAUCCUCCCCAUCAAUACGGUGCAGUUGUCCUGUCCCCUUUGCAGAAAAGCAUCCCCAAAGAAUGAUGUUUCCACCUCCAUGCUUCACGGUUGGGAUGGUGUUCUUGGGGUUGUACUCAUCCUUCUUUUUUUUUUUACAUUUUACAUUUUUAGUCAUUUAGCAGACGCUCUUAUCCAGAGCGACUUACAGUUAGUGAGUGCAUACAUAAUUUUUUUAUUUUUCAUACUGGCCCCCCGUGGGAAUCAAACCCACAACCCUGGCAUUGCAAACGCCAUGCUCUACCAACUGAGCUACAUCCCUGCCGGCCAUUCCCUCCCCUACCCUGGACGACGCUGGGCCAAUUGUGCGCCGCCCAUGAGUCUCCCGGUCGCGGCCGGCUGCGACAGAGCCUGGAUUCGAACCAGGAUCUCUAGUGGCACAGUUAGCACUGCGAUGCAGUGCCUUAGACCACUGCGCCACUCAGGAGUUCUUCUUCCCUCCAAACACGGCGAGUGGCGUUUAGACCAAAAAGCUAUAUUUCUGUCUCAUCAGACCACAUGACCUUCUCCCAUUCCUCCUCUGGAUCAUCCAGAUGGUCAUUGGCAAACUUCAGACGGGCCUGGACAUGCGCUGGCUUGAGCAGGGGGACCUUGCGUGCGCUGCAGGAUUUUAAUCCAUGACGGCGUAGUGUGUUACUAAUGGUUUUCAUUGAGACUGUGGUCCCAGCUCUCUUCAGGUCAUUGACCAGGUCCUGCCGUGUAGUUCUGGGCUGAUCCCUCACCUUCCUCAUGAUCAUUGAUGCCCCACGAGGUGAGAUCUUGCAUGGAGCCCCAGACCGAGGGUGAUUGACCGUCAUCUUUAACUUCUUCCAUUUUCUAAUAAUUGCGCCAACAGUUGUUGCCUUCUCACCAAGCUGCUUGCCUAUUGUCCUGUAGCCCAUCCCAGCCUUGUGCAGGUCUACAAUUUUAUCCCUGAUGUCCUUACACAGCUCUCUGGUCUUGGCCAUUGUGGAGAGGAUGGAGUCUGUUUGAUUGAGUGUGUGGACAGGUGUCUUUUAUACAGGUAACGAGUUCAAACAGGUGCAGUUAAUACAGGUAAUGAGUGGAGAACAGGAGGGCUUCUUAAAGAAAAACUAACAGGUCUGUGAGAGCUGGAAUUCUUACUGGUUGGUAGGUGAUCAAAUACUUAUGUCAUGCAAUAAAAUGCAAAUGAAUUACUUAAAAAUCAUACAAUGUGAUUUUCUGGAUUUUUGUUUUAGAUUCCAUCUCUCACAGUUGAAGUGUACCUAUGAUUAAAAUUACAGACCUCUACAUGCUUUGUAAGUAGGAAAACCUGCAAAAUCGGCAGGGUAUCAAAUACUUGUUCUCCCCACUGUAUAUCUGUAUUCCCAGUCAUGUGCAAUCCAUAGAUUAGGGCUUAAUGAAUUUAUUUAAAUUGACUGAUUUCCUUUUGUGAACUAACUUAGUAAGAUCUUUGAAAUUGUUACAUGUUGCAUUUAUAUUUUUGUUUAGUGUAAUUAAAAUGAAAAGCUGAAAUGUCUUGAGUGAAUAAGUAUUCAACUCCUUUGUUAUGGCAAACCUAAAUAAAUUCAGGAGUAAUUCAGUAAAAUGUGCUUAACCUCCCCAGAGUUGAUUGACACACCUGUUGAUGUAUUUUUUGACUGUCUUUUUUUUUGCCAUUUAUGAAUGUUAUUCAAUGCCUUUCAAUGGGCUUUAGUAGUAAAGGCCAAAAUCAAUAUUUUAUCAAAUAAUUUUAAUAUAUAUAUUUUUGAUACCUAAAGGGGUCCUGAAAUCCCAAAUCAAAUCGCUAAAUGAUUGUAUGACCAUCUUAAAACAAUUCCAUAUUUCAGCUUAGCACCCCCCUCCCCCAACGUCUUAGACUAUUGGUAGAUAAAAAAUAAUAAUAAUUACAAGACAUUUAAUAUCCUUUUGAGCAUGGUGUAGUUAUUAAUUACACUUUGGAUGGUGUAUCAAUACACCCAGUCACUACUAAGAUACAGGUGGCCUUCCUAACUCAGUUGCUGGAUAGAAAGGAAACUGUUCAUGGAUUUCAACAUGACAUUUACAUUUUAGUCAUUUAGCAGACGCUCUUAUCCAGAGCGACUUACAGUUAGUGAGUGCAUACAUAAUUUUUUUAUUUUUCAUACUGGCCCCCCGUGGGAAUCAAACCCACAACCCUGGCAUUGCAAAACGCCAUGCUCUACCAACUGAGCUACAUCCCUGCCGGCCAUUCCCUCCCCUACCCUGGACGACGCUGGGCCAAUUGUGCGCCGCCCCAUGGGUCUCCAGGUCGCGGCCGGCUAUGACAGAGACUGGAUUCGAACCAGGAUCUCUAGUGGCACAGCUAGCACUGCGAUGCAGUGCCUUAGACCACUGCGCCACUCGGGAGACAUGAGGCCAAUGGUGACUUUAAAACAGAGUUUAAUGGCUGUGAUAGGAGACCUGAGGAUGGAUCAACAACAUUGUACUUACUCCACAAUACUAACCUAAAUGACAGAUGGAAAAAAGCAUCCGGUUUGCAAUAAGGCACUAAAGUAAAACUGCAACAAAUUUGGUCAAGAAAUGAACUUUAUGUCCUGAUUUGUCAAGCAUGGUGGUGGCUGCAUCAUGUUGUGGGUAUGCUUUUCAUCGGCAAAGACUAGGGAGUUUUUUGGGAUAAAAAUAAACUGAAUAGAGCUAAGCACAGGCAAAAUCCUAGAGGAAAACCAGGUUGACUGCUUUCCAACAGACACUGGGAGACAAGUUCAUCUUUCAGCAGGACAAUAACCUAAAACACAAGGCCAAAUAUACACUGGAGUUGCUUACUAAGAUGACAUUGAAUGUUCCUGAGUGGCCUCGUUACAGUUUUGACUUAAAUUGGCUUGAAAAUAUAUGGCAAUGGCUGUCUAGCAAUGAUCAACAACAAACUUGACAGAGCUUGAAUAAUUUUAUAAAAAAUUAUGUACAAAUAUUGUACAAUCCAGGUGUGCAAAGCUCUUAGAGACUUGCCCAGAAAAACUCAGCUGCAAUCGCUGCCGAAAGUGAUUCUAACAUGUAUUGAGUCCGGUAGGGCUGGGUGGUAUACCUUAUUUUACGAUAUACCGGUAUUGAUGCACUGACCGGUUUGGGUUUUUACUUUACCUUACCUUAUAUAAUGGUAUUUGGAUUUUUGGUUUGUUAAAUUUGAUACGCCGUGUGUAACGUCCAUUUUUAUAGUUUACUCCGCUACUUGAGUCAUCUCUCUCUCUCCAUGCUGCUUUCCAUACAGACCUAGCUCCGCCGCCUGUCACUCAAGGAGCGCAUUUGUGGUUCCUCGACCACUAGACACUUGUGUUCAGUCUGCAUGGUCAAUGCAUCACAGGCAGCAAAGUUGAUGACAAUGAUGCUGUUUUCACUUUGCUUCUUAAUAUAAAUCCACCAGCGUUAUAUAAUUACACUAUUAGUUUGUUUAUUACAUCUGCAAACGGCUAGUUUGUCUUAGCGAAUGCUAAUCGAUAGUUAGCCAGCUGACUAGCUAGCUAAUAAAUGUACUGAGUCAGAGCAAACGUAAAUAGCUAUACAGCCUGAUUAUACCAGUGAUGGUGUAGACCUAAAUCAGCAUGUUUGUGCAACAGUAUCUUCUAAAUCAAAGAGGAAUAAGCAAAGCAUGAAUAUGUUAGCUACAUGAAGUAGCUAAGAGAAAAUUCAAUGUAGCCAAAGAUUAUAGGUUACCCUAGUCAAUACUUUGAUUCUUACCCUGUCACAAUAACUCCUCCCUGGCAUUUUCAUUCGUUGUCAUGUCGAACAUCACUGUAUUCAAAGUGCCCACUAAUAUAUUCUAACUAUAGAAUUAGAAUAAUCAUUCUAUUUCCAUGAUUCCAACAGUUCACCCAAGUGUUUUGCUCUAAAUCGCAGUUCAAAUCGCAAUUGCUACAUUUGGUUAAAAAUAAGGCCUAGAUUGUUUGCCCAUAUCAUGCAGCCCUACGUGGCAGUGUUGAAAUGAUUUCAAAUGAGUGCAAGAAAUGCAGAAGUUGAUAAAUGCAAUACAUUAUUUUGGGUUGAAGAUUUUACUUAGAAUGUAUGUGUUGCCACCCUAGGGUCACUCACUACUCAUAAAGCAAAUGUAGAAUUGUUAUUAUUCAAAAACAUAAAAUACCGCCAUACCGUCCAAUUUCUUUUAAACACAGUGAUAGGGGUGUGAAUAGGAUAUUUCUUUAUUUCAUUGUCAAUCAAUUUGGAAACAUUUCUAAAAACAUGUUUUCACUUUGUCAUUAUGGGGUAUUGUGUGUUAGAUGGGUGAGAGAGAGAAAAUAAUCAAUUUUGAAUUCAGGCUGUCAAACAACAAAGUGUGGAAAAAGUCAAAGGGGUAUGAAUACUUUCUGAAGGCACUGCUCAAGGCACUGCUCAAUGUAAAAAUUAUAUGAAUCCUUUAGUAAUAAUUGUGCCGUUCUUCUGUGUGUUCUCCAUCACCUCCAGUCCGAGGUGGUGUUCCCGCUGUUGCAGUAACCCCUGUCCGGGGCCUCUGUGGUGUUCCUGAUGCCCCUCGCCCACCCCUGAAGAUCCCAGGUGGGCGAGGAAAUGACCAGCGGGAUCGCAAUCUUUCAGCUAAGCUAUUCUACUCUGUGAGUCCACUUUCCUAUAUCUCUCCUUCACAUCCUCUGGCGUUAGGAUACCUCCCUGUGUCAAACCUCUCUUCGUACCCGCUAAUUUCUCUAUUUUUUUCUUGCAGGAUGCUCGGUUGCUGGUUCUUGAGGAGCCUCCCCCCACCAACGGCAGAGUCCGUUUCCUACUUUUUGAGCCCCGUCGCUCAGUGGGCAAGCACUGUGUCUGGAGGGGGGCACUGAAAGGGAGGAACAUCUAUAUCGAGAUCCCCCCUGGAGCCCUGCCUGAGGGCAGCAAAGACAGGUCAGUGAUCCAAUGCAAAUACAACCUCUCCUUUGUCCUCUGGUUUCCUACUCCAUUCUCCUUUUCAGCUCAUUUAUCACCUGAUUUACUUAAAGGGAAAAUCCACCCAAAACCACUCAUUCCUUUAUUUUACAGUGUUAAAUAACACUAAUAUGUGAGAACAAUAUUUUUUGUGAACAGAUAUUUCAUUUUGGCAUUAUAAUAAGGUUGAUAGCAACAUGGUAAAUCGUUGUGGGAAUCUGUUGCAGCUCAAGUCGACUUCAAAAUCUACAAUGCAAUGCUUUCUCUAUGGGCUGGCUAGCUAGGUAGCUAGCUAGCUAGCAAAUGCACCUACAUACAAUAAUACCAAAGACAAUAUCAGCAUGUAAAGUAGCUAGUUAGUUGUAAAAUCGCCUAAACAAACUGCACUAUCAAUUUAGGAGUCUACAAUCUCACCGCGUUCAACCUGCAGAUCGAUGCGCCUCAGAGUGGAGUCUGACAUUCACAACGGCAGAUAUACUUUUGAGGAGAUGGGAAACGUUGCCCAUGCUACGUCAAUGGGCCGUGCGGUGCAUUCUGGGCGAUUCUGGGACAAGGAGCGCUCUCCUUCAAGGAGUGAAUGGGAGUCUAUUGGGCGCAAGCUCUAAAACCCAACAUUAGCACAAAUUUUGUCAACAAGAAGUACAACAUUAAAAAUCUUUUCAGAGAUGUGUGAAUUUACUUGCUAUCUGUGACGUCAUAUGGCUUUGGAAUCGUAACGUUACGUACUUUCGAGCGAAAUUGGCACGUUUCUUGACAUAUACACUGACUUUGAGAAGGGAUUGUGUGACGCUUAGCAACUGCUUGAUUCAGUAUGACGACAACGUGAACGCGAUUGGUCGACAGUCUGCUGGGUGGGGCGUUAUACGUUCCUUCAUUCAUUGGAUUCCUAUCUCCUUUCUAUAAUAUCUCUGGCAACGGCACCAUGCAGUGCACCCUGGACUAAAGAGGCAGACACAUAGGAAAAUUUGCUAGACCCUCCGUUAAAUUACAAAUGUCCCGAGGUAGGAAUAUCGCAAAAAUAUGAUCAAUGGCUCAUUCGAGAGAAGACAUCCUCCCGAGUUAUUACAUCGGCCAGUAUUGAAGUCUGUCAUAUAUGAUAGACAUUUUCGCGAUCUUAAAGUCGUAUUCCUAUUAACUUCCAGUGUAAUGAGAGCGACUUUAUCACAAUACUAAGUCAUACCGGCCAAAUUUCUGCCUGCUUGAACUCCAGUAACUCGGAUACACAUGAUAUGACCCAGGGAAUCGAUAGAACAUCACUCAGAGAUGCACAAAAACAAUACAACAUUCAAAAUGGGUGACCCUUUCCUUUAACAAAAGGCACAUCUCAAUAGCUGGUCCAGGUAUCCUCAUGAAAUGGCACAAGUGGGCGGGGUGGGCCUUUCCUCUUUUGUUCUCUAUUGUUCCUCAAGCAAGGGUGGAGGCCAAUGACACCACUAAUCCCCAUGAGACCAACUCCUUGAAUGCCCUACUCUUUUUUGCAGUUGUCUAAAACCUUAUUUUGUUCAAAAUAUAUUUUGUUACCCCUUAGUGUGUGUUUUACUGUAUUUAUUUAUACUUGGGAUAAUGCUUUUCAACAGUAAAACGUUUUUUAAAAAUCGCUGGAUGAUGUCUUUAACCUCUUAAGGAGCCGGACCCCUUUUUUUCAAUUUUCACCUAAAAUGACAUACCCAAAUCUAACUGCCUGUAGCUCAGGACCUGAAGCAAGGAUAUGCAUUUUCUUCAUACCAUUUGAAAGGAAACACUUUUAAGUUUGUGGAAAUGUGAAAUUAAUGUAGGAGAAUAUAACACAUUAGAUCUGGUAAAAGAUAAUACAAACCAAAAAACAUGCAAAAAUUUUUUUUGCCAUCUUUGAAAUGCAAGAGAAAGGCCACAAUAUAAUAUUGCAAUUUAGAUUUUGGCCAUUGGAUGGUGCAGUGUGUGUGCAAAGUUUGAGAUUGAUCCAGUGAAGCGUUGCAAUACUGGACUAUUUUGUAUCAAGUCUGCUCAAAUGUAUCGAAUUGGUCAAUUGAUACAUUUUCAAGUACAUAACUAUAGAGAACAUACAAAAAUGAUAUGGUAAUACAAAAUGUAAGUUUACACAUUCCCAGGAAUGUCAUACAUGAUGGAUCAUUAGCUUAUACACUAACUUUCACACAUCUAGAUGGCCGGGCGGGGUAUGUGUGGCGCCAGAGACAGCAGGGGUUCAAACUGUAGAACCCAGUUCCUACAUUUGAAUAUAAACAUUUAUUUUAUCAAACAAAACUAUGCUACAUUUUAUCUCGGGGACCUUCAGGAUGACAAAUCAGAGCAAAGAUUACUGAAUGUAAGUACAUUAUUUACCUUCAGAGGUGAAUGUAUCAAACCAGUUGCCGUGAUACGUUUUUUGUUGUUGUGCACUCUCCUCAAACAAUAGCAUGAUCUUUUUUCACUGUAAUAGCUACUGUGAAUUGGACAGUGCAGUUGGAUUAACAAGAAUUUAAGCUUUCUGCCCAUAUAAGACAUGUCUAUGUCCUGGAAAGUUUGCUGUUACCUACAACAGUCAUGUUAAUCACAUUAGCGCACGUUAGCUCAACCGUCCCGUAUACGGGACACCGAUCCCGUAGAGGUUAAGACUGUUUUUGUUUUCUUUAAACCAGAUGGACUCUGUUUAUAUUGCACUGCCUUAAUAGCUCAUUGAUUUACUUCCCUUCUCCAGUUUCGCUCUCCUGCUGGAGUUUGCGGAAGAGAAGCUGCAGGUUGACCAUGUCUUCAUCUGCUUCCACAAGAACCGAGACGACAGAGGUAAGUCCCUGUGUGUGUGUGUCCAGUCAACCCCUCUUUUUAUACUUUAUUAUUUUGUUAUGAGUCUUCUCACACUACCCUUUCUCUCGCUCUCUCUCUCUCCAGCAUCUCUGCUGCGUACCUUCAGCUUCCUGGGCUUUGAGAUUGUGAGACCAGGUCAUCCCCUCGUCCCUACCCGCCCCGACGCUUUCUUCAUGGCUUACAGCAUCGAACGAGACUCCUCUGACGACGAAUAA